GCAGCAGGAAGAGCGGACCGCGUGUCAGAGCUGUCACAGAGCAGAAGGUCACUCAGGCUGAGCUGUGCUGGAGAGAAGGUGUUUCUACAUCUGAAAGAGUAGCUAAUCCGAUUAAAGGAUCAGCUGAGCUUACAACCGAAUUCUGAGACGCAGCAAUGGACCAAGCAAGGUCAACAAUAUCCAAAAUUUUUAAUGGCGAACCACAUUCCUACACACGGUUCAACUUGACCCAAAAUAUGGAAGGUGACAACAGCCAGGUGGAAAUGAAGCUGUCAUCCGAUGUAGAUGAGGAGACUGGGGGAAAUGGUGUCGGAGACCACCUCAAUCACAACUCAAACCGCAAAUCAUAUGUGGCUGAAAAGUUGGGACGUACACCCAAGAACCUCUGCUUCAUGGCAGCUGUUAUCUUCUUCAUCUUCAUCACCGGCUACUUGAUUGGCUACCUGGUUCAUCGCAAUAAGAAUUUGGCUCCCACCUGUGCACUCUCUGCUCUCAGUUUUGAAGACACAGUUGUUGCCCAUGAGACCGGUGCUGCUCCCCUCAUGGACUGGGAUGAUGUGAAAAAGCUCCUUGCUCAAAAACUGACUGCACCCAGUUUGGACACUGCCCUCAGUGACUUUACCAGCAGCAGCCACCAGGCUGGUUCUCCUGGUGAUGAAAAUCUGGGAAACAAGGUGCUUAAGAAGUUUAAGGAGUACGGCAUGAAUACCUGGACUGAGGAGCACUUUGUCAAGGUUCAGGACCCCCCAGCUUCUGGAUACAACAGAAUAGUUUUCAAGAACGGGUCAGAGGAGCGUCCGAGGGGAUUCUUGUCCUACAGUGCCCAAGGAACUGCAACGGGUGCAGUGCUGUAUGCCCGUUACGGGCAGGAAGAUACCUUCAAACAGCUGAAGAACAUGAACAUCAACAUGACUGGCAGAGUCAUGCUGGUCAGAGCUGGAAGGAUCAGCUUUGCUGAGAAGGUGGCCAAUGCAGCCAAAAUGAACGCCUCUGCUGUGCUGAUCUACCCAGACCCCACUGAUUACUCCAUCGGAGAGGACACUCCACUUUAUGGUCAUGUCCACAUGGGUUCUGGGGAUCCCUACACCCCAGGCUUCCCCUCCUUCAACCACACCCAGUUUCCACCUGUACAGUCUUCAGGCCUGCCAAAUAUUUUGGCUCAGACUAUCACAGCAGGCAGGGCAACCAAUAUUCUGAGGCAACUCAAGGGUAGAUCUCAGCCAGAUGAUUGGGAGGGCAUGAACAGACUCGGAGACGAGAGCGACGUUAUUACCGUGGAAGUCAACAACGUUUUUACUGAGAAAAAGAUAAAUAACGUCUUUGGAGUCAUUAAAGGCUUUGUGGAUGCAGAUCGAUACGUGGUCAUUGGUGCCCAGAGGGAUGCGUGGGGCCCGGGUUUUGCAGCAUCCACCGUCGGCACCAGCGUGCUUGUUGAGUUGGCACGUUCCAUCUCUGACAUGGUGAAGAACGAUGGAUUCAAGCCGAGGAGGAGCAUCGUGUUUGCGAGCUGGAGUGCUGGAGAAUAUGGAAGUGUUGGUGCCACCGAGUGGUUGGAGGGUUAUUUGUCCUCUCUGAGCAUGAAAGCCUUCACCUACAUCGACCUGGAUGGCAUUGUGACAGGUCGGAACGGAUUUAAAGUGGCAGCCAGUCCGUUGCUGAACAACCUGAUCCAAAAUACUCUGAACGAGGUGAUGUACGACAAGGACAAGUCUCUUUUUUCUCAAUUUGGAAAGGGUAACUGGGAGUCUAGCAUCAUGGAGCCUCUGAGGUUGGACAGUGCUGCGUAUCCUUUCCUCGCCUUUUCCGGCAUUCCCUCAGUCGCUUUCAGAUUCCACUCUGGUUAUUCAGACUACUCGUACUUUGGCACAAUGCUGGAUACCCGAGAGAACCUGAACUCUGUCACAGCCAGCCAGGUUCCUCAGCUGGCUGUGAAAGCAGGCCAGUUUGCAGGUCACAUAGCGCUGAGGCUGGUCCAUGACCAUCUGCUGCAGAUGGACCUGAAGAAGUACGACCAGCUCAUACGUCGUCACGUGGUUAAGAUUAAUACGAAGGUCAAGGCUGUUCAGAGGAUGCAGCCCCAGCUGUUGCCCAAGGCCCUGACAGUGCAGUGGUUGAUCAUGGCCUCUGGCUCCUACAGCCGUGCCUCUCGAGGGCUGGCAGCCGACAUUCAGAACAGCGACCUGGAGGACAUCGAGAUGUGUCGCAUGAUCAAUGAUCGCAUCAUGACAGUGGAAAGGAACUUCCUGUCACCCUACAUUUCUCCCAGAGACAGUCCCUUCCGUCACAUCCUGCUGGGCUCCGGCCCCCACACCCUCGAAGCUCUGUCCAGCCACCUCGACGCUCUGAAGACUGACGACCCCGGGGCAGACGCCGAGCUGUUCCGCAACCAGUUUGCCCUGGCGACCUGGACCAUUCAGACCUGUGCUAACUCACUAGCAGGGGACAUCUGGUCGCUGGAUAACGAAAUCUAGAAAAGUCAUUUCCCCCCCCUGAUUCAUGGUUUGGCCCUCUUAUUCCAACUGUCAGUGUGAAAACCAGUAUGCUGUUAUGAUUAAUCACCAGGCUUUGAAUGGACAUCUACAUCAUUCAUCACACCUGUUACAUAAGGUUCAUUUCCCUUUUUCUAAAAUUCUCUUAAAGCCAAACAUGAUAUGAUACCUGGUGAUAUAAUGUAAGCCUUCCGCCUUAAAACAAGGAACUCUGACCCACUUUGAAAACAAUUAUCUUGAAUUUGAACAUGUGGUAUUUAAAUAUCACAGUCUUGAAUUCUUUGGUGCUAGUAAUUGCUACAAAUAUGGUAGUAUUACUUUGAAUUGGUGUUACCUCUGAAUGAGUUGGAUGUAAUGCUUUCCCCCCAGUACAGUAUCAGGUCAGAAUCACAGCAAAGCCUGUGUUUGCCAGCUCAGAUUUUUUUUAAUAUAAGUGCUCAGUAUAAUAAUAAGCUACUGACUUUGCCUCAUGGUAAACAAACUGCUGGUGUUUCCACUGCUGCUGCAGCCUGAUGUUUAAACCUGAGCUGGUUUAUAUUGGUAGCUACAAAAGUCACUGUGCUGGAUUCUGUUACACAACUCAGAUUCAGAAGUUGCUGAAAGGACUGCAGAUUUAUUAUAUAUAAAGUCCUAAUUAUAUGCAACAUUUAAAGAAAAAAAAAAAAUGAUCUGAAUCAAAUAUGAAACAUGCAUUUCCUGAUAUCAGAGUUAAUCUGUGCAGACCUCUCAAAGCAAGGGAGGUCCUCAAGCAUGUGGCACUGAAACAGAAACCAUAUGUCUAUUUAUUGUGUUAUUUAUUUAUCAGUGGCAGGGUUCACUAUAAAUAGUUUUUUUUAAAUCACCUUUUUAUAUAAAAAAAUAAUUAUCGGGAGCAGUGACUUCCAUAAUUAUGACAGUUAUACUGUCGAAAUGACAAAAGCAGCAUCUGCUAAAAGAAGUGUACAUGUGGACCAACAGCUGGUACACAACUCUGAGGCCCCCCCCCCCCUUUCCUUCUCUCAACUGACACCGAACUGGUCUCUGAGCAGUGCCAGCUCACACAUCAACCUAACUUACCUCUGGACAGCUUACCUGUACCUGUCCUUUGGUGCAUGUACACUUCUCAUCUUGAUGGCAUUAUCGGGAGCAGUGACUUUCAUAAUGUGAAAAACAGAAGGUAGUUUUUGCCUACCAGUGUGUGCCAUAUCGGAGGCAGUGCCCUCCAUAUUUCACUGUAGGGGUGGAUUGUUUUGUUUUUAAUUAUCGGGAACAGUGUUUCCCAUAAUGUGUGUAUAUACAGUACAAAGCUACACGUUUGCAUCUUUGCAUCCAGUCUGUGGUUCCAUGCUACGUUCUUCAGCGUUCCCCUUGAGCUUCCUUUCAGACAAGAUUGGCCCUGAACUUCUGAUCACAGAUCAGAAUCUGUGUUAAUAGUGAGGCCAAGAAACUGAUGUGUUUAGUGAGAUGGUCUCAUUUGAAUCAAAUACUGGUCUGGUGUGGUCUCUUCUUUGCAUAUCGUCACCCUCUUAAAAAUAAUGUCCUAAAUCAUUUUUUGUUUCAGGUUUAAGACAGAAAACGGAACCAAGUAUUGAAAAUAUGAUGAUCUAGGCCAAAAUUAAACUUUUGUUAAAUGACUUAGGCCAUCAUUUUAAGAGGGUGAUUAUGUGGAAGGCAUUUUCGUUAAAAGUAAAAUGCAUAAUGUAGUUCCAGGCAAUGUGGUCCAGUAUUUCCAUAAUCAGUUCCCACUCUGCGUUUAUGGAUUUAGUUUAAUGAAUGAAAGUACAUUGUACCUUUACUGAGAUUUCCUUUGUGCCUUUUCUUUGUUUGUUUUGUGUGAUAGAGCAGAGUUUCUACAUAGUGGAAGAGGUUUUGGAGGAGGAAUAUUUGGAUUCUUUUAGUUUCCGUGUAUUGGAAUUCUGCUCUCCUGUUUCUGGAAGUAUACAUUUUACUGGUGUUAAAACAGAGCUGCUAGACAGAAAACAAAUGGAUGUGGAUGGAUUUCAAGUUACAGAAUAGUUUUCAGUCCAAAAUCCAUCUGACCUUUGUUGUAGUUUUAACAAACCUGUUAAAAUUCUGUUAACCAUUCAUGCAUUCGUUGAGUGAUUAAAUUGAUCUGUUGGGCUACAAUGAGGCAAGUUCUCAAAAUUGCACCUCCAUUUCCAGCAGCUUGCUGUUCACCUGGUUAAAAAAUUGGUAGUUAUUGGACAGAGAAAAUAAAUUAAAACUAACCGUCAUUUAAACAAUUUUUCAAAAUGAACAAUUUCUUGUGCUUUAUUUUCCCUCUUUGUUUCAAACUGUGCGCACAUUUGUUAAGCUUUACAUUUUUGUUUCUGCAAUAAACAAUCACAACUA